AUGCGCUUGUUGGCUUUUUUAUCCACAAACUUUGUAUUAUAUAAGCUAAUUGUCUCAAGCGUAUUGAUAAAUUCGGUAAAAACUGGCUUUGGAGCCGUCGGUGUGUCUCUGAAUCUCGAAAGGAAUUGUAUAAAUCGGAAACUACGGCACACCUCAUUGGAUUCCUCACGUUGUUGCUCAUUUGUUGUUCAAAGAAGUCCAAAUUUCGCAAAAAAUAGUAAAAGUGUACCAGUUAAUAGCUAUUCAGGCCCACAGUCUGCGGCUUCUUCAGCUUCAUGGGACAAAGUCAACAAAAGUACGAAGGAUUCCAUUGAUAAUCUCAUAAAGACAAAACUCUCAAACACCAAAGAUGCAACAAAGUACUUGCAGAGCCUAGCUGAAGUAGGAUCUUCAGUCUUUGAAUCUUCCCCCUCACCUUCCAUUUUGUACAAUAUUCCAAGAGAUCUAAAAUCGUCCAAGACGUUUAACACAUUGGAUCUCUAUUCAGAGGAUGGACUCCGUGACUAUUUUGUUUUCAAAGCACCUGAAUCUGUCCAGUAUAAACUGGUAACGGACUGCAUAUCACUGAUUUAUAUAUCAGUAUUUGUCGACAAACACAAUCGUAUAUACGUCGAUGGAGUAUCUGACAGUUUAAUAGUGCGAGGCAUCCUCGCCAUACUACUCUCAAAGAUAAAUGGUAAAAGCAUGGAUGAAGUAUUGUCAAUGAAUCAGAGCGACGUAGAAUUUGGUGAAGAUGUAUCUGGAAUCGGUCUAAUCAGGAGAAACGGAAUUCAGCUUAUACUCAAUCACGUAAAAAAUGAAUGUAAAAUACAUAAAAGGGAACACAAUGUCUACCAAGUAAAGGAAUAUUCCACCAGAGAAAAGGUUGCCUUGUUGAUAAGUGGAGGAGUUGACUCUUCUGUGGCAUUAUGGCUUUUAAAGAAUCGCGGGUACCAUGUGGAAGCAUUUUAUUUAAAGGUCUGGGAUCUCCUCGAUACCCAAGAAACUUGUUCCUGGGCCACUGAUAUUCAGUAUGCCAUGGACGUGUGUAAAAUGUUAGAUGUAAAACUGCACAUCAUACCAUUCAAAGACCUGUAUUACUCUAACAUCAUUCAGCAUCUAGUAAAAGAUUCGAGAGAAGGAGAAACCCCAAACCCGGAUGUAGAGUGUAAUAACAGAAUAAAGUUUGGAGAAUUUUUAAAAUUUGCAAUAGAUUGGGAGUUUGAUUAUGUGGCAUCAGGGCAUUAUGCUCGGAUAAAAAAUGAUAUUGUAUCAAAAGAUCAUCCGGAGAUUGAUCUAAUGGGAUCUCCAGAGAUAUUAGACAUCCUUGAAGGGUGUAAGUACGAUUCUAGAGGGUUCUAUAAUAUAAGGCGCCUGUGUCUUUCGAGGGAUAUAAACAAGGAUCAAACGUAUUUCCUCAGUAGACUAAAACAGUCGCAGCUAAGCAAAUUAAUUUUUCCGAUUGGAGACUUUGAAAAGAAAAAGGUGAGGGAUAUUGCCAACACGGUAAUGCUUCCAACUCGUGAUAGAAAAGAUUCAGUAGGACUCUGUUUCCUAGGAAAUGUCCAUCUAUCCUCGUUCUUGACGAGGCAAAUUGGUGAAUCCAAGGGUCCAAUUAUUGACAAUGAUUCAAUGAAAAUAAUUGGCGAGCAUUCUGGUCUCUACAACUACACGAUAGGGCAAAAGGAGAGGAUAAACCAGUGCAUAUUCAAAGGUAAUCCAGAAGUUGUCAGACAUGUUGUAAAGAAGGACGUUGAAACAAACACUCUCUAUGUUACGAGCUCAUACAACUCGCCAAAGUAUCUCAAACCAGAUGGUAUCCGUUCAAUAUUUCACGUAAAUGACAUUCGGUGGAUCGUUCCGGAUUUCCGUGGCAUUCUCAACCGAGUUGCAUGCAAUGAUGCGGGGGGUCUAGUCCACAAACUAAACGUGAAACUCAGACACUCUCCCAAUUUUAGGGCCUGUCUUGCGAAUUUUGAUCAAUCCUCAAACCUGCGUUUAAACAGUGCAUUCAUAAAACUAAAUACAGCCGACUCUGGGAUAUCCACUGGACAGUAUGCUGCAUUUUACGUCAAUGACCAGUGUAUCGGAGCCUCAAAGAUGAUAACCGCUAAUGUUUGA